AUGUUGAGUACGAGUAGCAACAGACCAAUAUCUGCGCAUCUAACCAUCCAUUACAAACCUAUUCAGGAGGAGGAGGAGAAUGAGAUGAGAAGCGGAACCAGGGGAGGCAAGCAUCAUGAUGACUAUCUUCCGGAGAGAAACAGGUCUCCUACCCCUAACAAGAAACAUGAGUUUAUUAGAACGGUGCUCAAUAUCAACGACAACGAUAGCGGACUUUCAGAGUCCUGCUCGCCAAGAAAGGAGUUGCCUAAUGGGGGGGCCGGGAACGCAGACCUACUUGGAGACUUCAUUUCUAAAAGACAGCAGAGACUGUCUAAUUCAAUGAAUAUAUACGAUCUUUACCAAUGUGUGCACAAUCUGUCUCCUAACAGCAAUAACCAUCAGUUCAUAGCCAGAAGAUUCAGCGAGUCUCAUAUUCCCUCCUUGCAUCAUCGUCAGCAGCAACAAUCAACAAGGGCGAAAAACUUUGUACAGUCUCCCAAGGAUAUCCAAAGGAUCGCUUCAUACGCGGCAGAUUCCGACCAAAGAGUCAUGUAUUUACCAAACUAUCACCAGUCUGCUCCCUCCACGGCCCUAUCAGUAGCGGAACAGAGAGCGGCUAAACCAAGAAAACUCCCAAACAACGACAGCACAGAAAAAUACAUACUACAACUGGAACUCUCGUCGUGCGGCUCCCAGCCAAUAUCACCAAAGACUCAGUCGGAAUUCCGUCCUUCCUGCUCUUCUUCCAACUGCUCGUCAUCUUCGUCAUCAUCUGUAUCUUCAUCUGUCUCUGUCUCAGAUCCGAAUAACAUAACAGCUUAUGAAACGCAUAAUGUCCGCCCCCAGUUCCCUAAUGACCAGCCUCUAGACAUUUCCAGUCCUUGUACAAGACACCAUCAUAGAAGGAACUCCAUUGCUGUAAAAUUUGACAAGGCUUUGUAUAAAAAAACGACAAGAUAG